AUGGAACAAAGAGCGCGAAACCCAUGCCAUCAUGUGAACAACCUUUUGACUGUCAACUUACCGUUAGCAAAGAUAGACUCGGCAGCUUUCAAGAAACAACUUACCAGUGCCUCGCUCCAUUGUGAUCUGUGCGAUACAAAAAUGCCGAGGCUAUGGAUUUGCUUGCACAGUAAUUGUCGGGCUAUAAUAUGUAAUACCAGCUCGCACGCACACGUACUUAAACACUUUGACAUGUAUAAGAAUUCGACAGAAAACGGCUAUCAUUCUGUUUACAUCAACCCGCGGGCAUUGACAAUUUGGUGCUACGAGUGCGGAAGGGAGUUAAACCCGCUCGAUAGUUCUGAAUUGCUUUCUCCUGACGUACGAACAUAUUUGAGAACAGUAAUAAGAAGUCUGCAAGGGAAGCGUAACAAGUCCCCAGAACAACCAUUUGUCGAUGUUCCUGUGCUCUACAGUGUCUCAGCAAUACGUGAACCUGCACUUACAAAUUACUUUAAUUAUUGCGAUGCAUAUAUACCGCGCACGCACUCAGCAUCAAGACAGUCGAUAUGUAAACUAUCAGACCACUUCUUAAAUUUUGUUAAGGCAAUGUGGUCAGGUGUGAGUCCAAUAUACAUACCAAUACAAUUGGUCACAGAAAUAAAACGAACGUUUGAAGGAUUUCAAGGUUAUGGACAGGAAGAUUCUCAAGAAUUUCUCUGCUUUAUUCUAGACCGCCUGAAUGAAGAGCUUCCUUAUCCUUCGUCACCUAUAACUACAUUCUCUGCCGGUCACGCGAAAGAGAACGGGCAUAAAAGUCAUGGGAACGGCUCACUUUCGCAUACCAUAUCAGCUGCUAAUCAUAGUUCAAAACAAGGGACAACGAAACGGGGUAUUAUAAGUGACGUUUUUGAGGGUACCUUGGAAAGUAAAAUAAGGUGUUUGCAUUGCAAAAAAGACUUUGAGAAAGAAGAUCGGGUAUGCGAGUUGUUAAUUGAGAUAGACAAGAAAUUCAAAUCAAAGAACCAAGAAAGGAAUGGAGAGUCAUCAUCCGCGUUUGGGUCAAUGUUUGGUGCUGUAACUGGACUUGUGGGGAUAGGAGGGAAGAUACUCAGGCUACAAGACUGCCUGAGCGCCUUUACUGCCACUGAGACACUGACGGGAGACAAUCAGUAUGAAUGUGAGAGCUGUGGCAAGAAAAGAGAUGGUCAGAAAACAUUGAGGAUAAAAUCACUGCCAGAAACACUUUGUAUAAUGCUAAAAAGAUUUCGUCGUGAUCAAUAUUCUUCAAAAAUUGGAACUUAUGUACAAUUUCCCAUGGAAGACUUUGACAUGAGACCUUUUUGUAAAGAACCAGCAGAUUAUGAGGGAAAAAGCGAGGAAAAUGCAGGUUCAACAAUUUAUGACUUAUAUGCACUUAUACAUCAUAAAGGGGCAUUUGGAGCUGGUCAUUACGUUACAUAUGCCAAGAAUCCCAUUGACAAAAAUUGGUAUGAAUUUGAUGAUACUUUUGUAACAAGGAAGACACCUGCUGAAGUAGCAAAAGUAGAGGCGUAUGUACUGUUUUAUCAGAAAAAGAGUCUAGAGAAGCAAGCAGAAAGAGAUGAUGUACUUACGCAAAUAGAAAAAGAGAGCGGCUAUGGUCAAUCACGUCUCAUUUCACGGCUUUGGUUUAAUAGGUGGCGAUUCUUAGAAGCUCCUGGACCUAUAACCAACUAUGACUUUAUAUGUGAACAUGGAGCUAUCAAUUUGUUGAAGUACCCAAAUCCUCUUAACUUGGUAGUGCGAAUACCAGAGAAAGUGUACGACAGAUUUGUAACGUAUUACGGACAUGAUGGUAGUCCAUCGUUUACUGAAGCAAACUUACAAGCUGGAUGUCUGGUGUGUGAGCAAGAAGCGAUGUUAAUCGAUGAGCGGCGCAAACGUGAACAGAUGGAUAUUGCAUCUAUCGAUACAAAUGAAAUUGGACCGGGUGAAUAUUGGUUUUUAAUAAGUUCGACUUGGUUAGCUUCCUGGCACGCAUUUAAAGCAGGAGGUCCGAUACCUGGUCCGAUUGAUAAUACGAGAUUCUUGAAUGCGAACGGCACACCCAAGCUCCAUAUGCAAAGAAGCGUUCAUUAUCGUGGAGUAAACGAGCGUGUCUGGCGUUAUUUUUAUCGAAUAUACGGCGGAGGUCCGAUAUGUGUUCGAGCUGUGCUGGAUUUAUAUUCUCAGCCGUAUUACCCUCCUCAGCCAGCAGAUAGAUACUCGGACUCUUUAAAUAGACCUCGUUCAUUUUAUUAA